AUGACGCCAAAUCCGGAGCAUGUCGUGAAUCAACUGCGUAAUACAUUCAACAGCGGUAAAACCAAAUCGUUGAUUUAUCGAAUCCAACAAUUAAAAGCGGUUUUGAAACUGCUCGACGAGCAGACGCCUCAAAUAGUCGAAGCUCUAUCGAAGGACCUGCGAAAAAAUGAAUUCGAAACGAUCUUAAUGGAAAUAGACAUCGUAAAGAACGAGGUGAAGCACACUCUCAUGCACAUCCACGAUUGGGCCAAGGCAGAAAAACCGUCGAAGGCUUUCGCUAAUGUCCUAGACUCCGUUUACAUCGUCAACGAUCCCUACGGAGUGGUUCUCGUUCUAGGCGCCUGGAACUACCCUUUGCAACUCUCCCUAACCCCUGCCAUCGGAGCCAUAGCCGCAGGAAACGCUGUUCUGCUAAAGCCAUCAGAACUAGCUCCGGCUACAUCUAAAUUCCUGGCCGAAUACGUUCCUAAAUACUUAGACAGCGAAGCUUAUCAAAUCUACGAAGGCGGUAUACCGGAAACCACCGCACUACUCAAGCAACGAUUCGAUUAUAUAUUUUACACGGGCUCAUCGGCUGUCGGGAAAAUCGUACUUGAAGCAGCCGCAAAGCACCUAACGCCUGUAACACUGGAAUUGGGAGGCAAAAGUCCUGUAUAUGUGGACAAAUCGGCCGAUAUCGAAACGGCCGUGAAAAGGAUAUUAUGGGGAAAAUGCGCCAAUGCAGGACAAACUUGCGUGGCGCCGGAUUAUGUGCUGUGCACUAGAGAAGUACAAGACAAGUUCGUUGCGGUGUCUAGAAAGGUGCUGAAUGAGUUCUACGGCGAGGAUGCCAAGACUUCGAAGGAUUAUGGAAGGAUCGUUAACGAGAGGAAUUUCCAAAGGCUAGCCAAUCUUUUAAAAGGUGGUAACAUCGCCAUUGGGGGCGAUACAGACCCCUCCGAACGGUACAUCUCUCCCACAAUCGUAACCGACGUCAAACCGACGGAUCCCAUAAUGCAAGAGGAAAUCUUCGGCCCGAUACUACCCAUCGUAACCAUCGACAGCGCCUUCGAAGCCAUACAAUUCAUCAACUCGAUGGAAAAACCGCUGGCCUUGUACAUCUUCUCCAACAACAAAAAAGACGUCGAGCAAAUACUGGCCAAUACCUCUUCGGGGGGCGUUUGCGUCAACGAUACCGUCAUGCAUCUGGUCGUCGCGACGCUGCCGUUCGGCGGCGUCGGCUCCAGCGGCAUGGGCAGCUACCACGGUAAGUACAGCUACGAUACGUUCGUUCACAAGAAGGGCGUGCUCCACAAGAAUUUGGGGUACAUCGGAGAGGCGCUGUCGUCGGCCAAGUAUCCGCCUUAUACGUCCGGCAAGCGGAGGUAUUUGCAGUUGCUGCUGACGCCCGGGAUGGACAUAAACGGGCGGUUCAUGUCGCAUUUGUUCACGUUUUUUUGCGGGGCAGCUUUCGUUUAUUUGUUGAAGUACGCGAGGAGUUUGUAUCAGUCCUAG